AUGGACGCCAGUCGGGGCGACAACUUCUCGGAGGUGAGUUUCGCCGUUCUGGUUCCGCCGCAGGUCCCAAAAACCCGCGGCCCGUCGCUCGCGGCCGGGCGGCGAACACCCGGCGGACCGCCACGCACAACCCCGACGCGAGCGGUCCGCCGGUGCUAUUUGCGUUCAGGGCGCUCUCUCGCGGGAGCUCCGCCCUGCCCGGAGCAGGCGCGCGCCAGACGGCUCAUACCGCAAGCCGCCGAUGGCGAGAGCAUCGCGUGGAGCAGGGAGAGCGUCGCGGCGGAGUCGGCGCCGUCGUUGCGGCUUGACGUCGUGAGUGAGUCACCCGCGGCCCUCGAUGCGCAGUCGGGCAUCGUCUCCGAAACGGAGCCAGGCAAGAGCCCCGGCGGGAGGCACCGCCGGGCGUCUCCCUCCACUGGCCCCGAGGCGGACCUGCAGAGGAUGCUUGAGGCGACGGCGGAGACGCCGCUGCCCGGCCUCUACGUGCCGCGUGUCUCCCCAAGGCCCGCGGCGCCGCUUGCCACGGCGAAGACGACGACGCCGACCCCGUCGUCGCGCUACCACACUCCCACCAGUAUGCGCUUCGAGGUGCUCGACAACGCAAACCUGCACGGCGAGGAUGACGAAGCCGAGAGUCUGCCUACGGCGUUGCCUCCGCCGAAGCCGCAUCCCGUUGGUAGGUCCACGCCCGCAUUGCAGCCGGCUGUGAAGGCGACGAAAUUGAGGCUUGGCGGGGAUGCCGCUAAGGACGCGCCCGUCAGCCCGCGGGGCGGGAACACCGCGAGUGGCGCCGGCAAGACGGACGACGACGGCGCCGUAAGAGGCGGAGAGAAGCGCCCCGCCGCGCCGAGAAGGAAUGUUGCGACGUCGGCGCCGCCGGGGCGAACCGCCUUGGCCCCGGCGCCGGUGCCACUGCAGUCUGCGGCAACCUCCCUCCUCACCGAGGUGGGUGCGUGGAUGGAGGUGUUAAAUAGCGUGGAGGACGCAAACUGCUACAGGCUCUACUUGGGGAGCAGCGAGAGGGCCCUCCAAGGCACCCAGCGUGAGAUGGCGGCACUGCAGCGGAUGCAGCUGGCCGUGGACGCGGAGCUCCAGGCCGCCAAGGCGCGCCAACUCGAAAGCCGCGACGGCAGCCACGCAAGGCAGAGCCCUGCCGCUCAGGUGGGGGAUGUAAGUACUAAAGGCAGCGACGCCGCUGGGGGACGGCACACGGAGGAAGCGUGGCUCGCGGACGCGGAGGAGGAUGCGGAAAUAGCAGGCGAGGAGGAGGCGUGGCGAAUUGAAAAGGGCGAGCUCCUCGCAGAAAAGGCGCUGUUGCUGCAGAAGCGAAAGGAGUUGUGCUACCACCUGCGGCGGGGGACAAAUAUAAAGAACGUCGCCGCCCUGUCCUUGUCGGAGGGCAACGCGCGGAGCAAAGCCGACGGCUGGGCCGCCGAUGCCUCCCACGCGGAGGCGGCGUCGCACGCCAACGGCCUUGAAAUAAUUCAACUACGUCUCGAGCUGAAGGAGGCGCAGGUGCAGUUUCUGAAGCUUGUCGACUCGCAUCGAAUAAUGCAGGAUUCCCAGCGCACGCGCGCCAAGGAGUUUGCGGACGAGUUUGUUAGGCUGCGUCUCGCCGCCGCUGCGGCAAGGCAGGAGGCGGAGGGGCAUCGCGGCGCGCUGGAGGCCACGCUGCGCAGGUCCGAGGAGUUGCGGGGGAGGUGCCGGCAGAAAGACGAGGCCUCACUGCUGCUUCUGCUCGAGCAGCGCGUGGAGGAGGCGCGUGCGGCACUGCGAUCGCGCGAGGACAAGUUGGCGCGCAGUGACAGCCUUCGCUCACGGAGGUCGAGCGUCGGCCGCGCCCCAAGCGCAGGCUUAACGGCGCGUCGCUUGUCGGGUCCCGCGGGUGCCUUGACAGCCGCGGCGCUCCCCGAGAGGCGGACCUCGGCGGGGCCAACGCCCCCGCAGCGUGGGCGUGCAAUGAACUAG